GUAGUGUAGAUGCAGGAUCAAACUGACAGAUCAGGAAGAAGAGAUUGCCGGAGUUUUCACAGUUCUCUAGAAGUCUAGAGUUUCGUUUUUAAAUAUUGGGUUUUAAAUUAAAUCUUAAGUUGAUAAAGCGAAAGGAUCCGACGCAAAGAUGUCUGUUGCCGGACUAAAGAAACAGUUUUAUAAAGCGAGUCAGAUGAUGAGUGAGAAGGUGGGAGGCGCAGAAGGAACCAAACUGGAUGAGGACUUUAAAGACCUUGAGAGGAAGGCUGACGUCACCAGCAAAGCCAUAUCAGAUGUGCUCUGCAAAACUACCGAAUACCUGCAGCCUAACCCAGUAUCAAGGUCGAGGCUGACCAUGUUGAACACCAUGUCUAAAAUGCGCGGGCAGAUGAAUAGCCCAGGUUACCCGCAGGCAGAAGGACUUCUUGGAGAGUGUAUGCUCAAAUACGGCAGAGAAAUGGGAGAGGACACCAACUUUGGUGGUGCUUUAGUGGAGAUGGGAGAUGCCAUGAAGAGACUGGCAGAAGUGAAAGACUCUCUAGACAUUGACGUCAAACAGAACUUCAUUGACCCUUUCCAAGCUAUAGUCGACAAGGACCUGAAAGACAUACAGCAUCAUCUGAAGAAACUGGAGGGCCGUCGACUGGAUUACGACUACAAGAAGAAGCGUCAGGGGAAGAUUCCAGAUGAGGAGCUCAGGCUAGCAGAAGUGAAGUUCGAAGAGUCCAAAGAUGUAGCUGAAACCAGCAUGCAGAACCUUCUGGACACUGACGUGGAGCAGGUGACUCAGCUCGCAGCUUUGGUCGAAUCUCAGCUGCAGUUUCACAGACAGUCUAUGGAAAUCCUGGAGGAGCUGGCACAGAGAAUGAGAGAAAGAGUAAACGAGGCCCAAUCUCAGCCGCGCCAGAAACGGAUGCCUGCGUCCAGACCCAGCUUUGAUUGUUUAGAUCAGGAAGACUCAAACGGAGGCUGGAGUCCAUCAGCAGCCACGCAAAGACUGACUAUUGUUUUCCCUUCUUUUACGUCAGCGGCCCCCUCCUUUAACAGGACAUCUUCACGGCAAAAACGCAAUUCGACAGAUCAGCCCUGCUGCAAGGCUCUGUAUGACUUUGAACCGGAGAACGACGGAGAGCUUGGCUUCUACGAGGGUGACAUUAUCAAGCUGACCAAUCAGAUAGACGAGAACUGGUUCGAGGGAACCGUGCAUGGCCAUACCGGAUUGUUCCCCUGUACCUACGUAGAGGUGAUGGUGCCACUGCGGCACUGAUCCCACACAAAACAGGAAGAGGAAGUGCAAUGGCAGGUACAGAGAGGGAGAAAGGGAAAUUCUGUGACUUGUAUUUCACUUUGAGCACUUUGACCUCCUGAGAGAGAUGUUGGAUAAUAAACAGUUAGUGUCGGGGGCUAUUAUUUGUUACUUAGGGUUUCAGGUCCAGUGUUUUAGUUCAUCUUAGGAAACACUAGCAUUCCCCAAAGUACAUUAAAUAUAAUUGAAAAGUAUGUCAGAAAAUCCGUUUUGGGAGUGUUCAUUGUAGAGGCAAAUUGAUUUUAUUUAGCUAUCAGUUUCCUAUAAUGAUGUUACUAAGAAGUGUCUUCUGUUGGUAAUCACUGACCUCUAGCGGCCGCAUUUGUGUAUAACAUGUCAAAAUGCUUCCUAGCCUUUGUCAAUAACUGCUCAGCUCUUUCUGAAUGGCUCAAAGCUCAAUGUGUUUGUGCAGUUGUUCAUUUGAACCUCAUGACUGUUUAACUAACCCAUUCCCGUUAGCUUUAGUUGUGUUGGGUUUGUAUCUUUUCCCUUUAAGAUAUAUGCCCCCCCCCCCCCAAAUAUGUAGGCCUAUUCUAUUAUAAUUUACUCACCCUUGCAUUCUAUUUAUUUUCUGAACUGCUUUUAGCUUUUGAACACAAAAUAAGAUAUUAUGAAGAAUGUUGGUUUACAGUAGCCAUUGAAUUCCAUAUUAUGGAAAAAUAAAUUAAAAUUAAAAAUAAAAAUACUAUGGAAGUCAAUGGCUACAGUCAGAUGUAGCCAUUAUUCACAAUAUUUUAUUUUGUGUUCAGCAGAAGAAAGAAACUCAUACAAGUUUUGGGCAACUGGAGGGUGAGUAAAUGAUGUCAAAUUUGGAUGAACUAUCUCUUUAAAUGCACUAAUGCUGUGCAUUAAUAAUGAGGUGAAGGGAGGUGAACAAAAAGGGAGGUCAACAGAUCAAUAAACUGUCUUUGCAUGAGCAUCAACCGGGAGCAUUAACUCAAAAAUGAAAAAUAAGUUUCAUUUUCUCACCCUCAUGUUGUUCCAAACCCAUCCAGUUUCAUCAUAUUGAAGAGUCAUAUGGUUUUGAAUGACACGAGAGUGAGUAAAUGAAACUGUUUCUUUAAAUGAUCACUUCCUGCUUGCAAAUUGUUUUUAAAUGAUUAUGUAAAUGAGGGAAAUUCAGCUGUUUGAAGAACCAGAAGUACCAGUUUGUGUUUAUGUAAACAUUUUUAGUUUUCUUUUUCAGCAUGAUACCAUUAUUUGUUGUUUUUUUCUGGAAAAGAGAACCCUUAUAAAUCCACUUUUGGACUGUAUGUGUUUCUGAGAAGUAUAGUGGGACUCACACAAUUAAAAACCUCAGCUUACAGAUAUUACAUUAUUACAGCUUACAUUAGAGCUCAGCGUGGAUGUUGAGCUCUUGAAAAGGGAAA